GGUCGAGUAGCUGCCGGGGCUAGGACGGAGUUGCCUUUUUAGGAAGGUGCAUUCCGUCAAACGUCGGAGUAGGUCACGUGCAGCUUUGAGGCAUUUCGGAGUAGAAUUUGGCUCUAUCUUGACCUCCCCUUCACAACUCAUUCUUGAUAGAUCGUCCAUCGCUAAUGAUAGCCCCGCUAGCGAUUUUUCCUCCAUGUAUAGGCGGAACGGGAAGCCCACCUCGUGUGAGCCGUGUCGACUCAAAAAAGUGCGGUGUAACCAUGCCACGCCCGUCUGUGGCCGAUGCCAGAGACUCUGGGCAUGUCAGACAGAGUAUGCUACUUCAUAAUUCAAAGAAUUUGCCUAAUAUAACCCAGUGCUUCUAUCAUCCCGCUCCCUUCACUCGAUCUACGACAAGAUUCCGUCCUUAUCGUGGCCAGAAGCAUAACCCCGCCGCCCUGCUCGCUUGCUCUCACUUCAUGGAGACCGAUCUGCCGGAGAAGUCGGCGACCGCCAAGAGUCUCCAUUCAGAGUUGUGGUUGUGGUUGUCGCUCUUCAGGCUUACCCUGUCGCCAACUUAUGGCACCGACCUUAAGCCACUUCUAGACGAGAACUUCCCCGGUACCGAGUAUCCGUACAUUGAGCUGUUUCAAGCUCAUCGCGUCUCGCAGACAUCACGUGACAUCAGGCGAUAUUCGUGGACAAAAAGGAAAAAAACGUCAGCAGCAGGGUUCGAACCUGCGCUCCCGAAGGAAUUAGAUUUCAAGUCUAACGUGUUAACCACUCCACCAUGCUGACCGUCUCUUACUUGUUCGCCUUAAAUAAUGGUCCUUAUAUACAUUGCACUCAAAUUAAAACUAGAUCUGCGCUUUAGUUAUGAGACCACUUUCUAGAAUAUAUUUGUAUAGUGUCGGCGUGACCAGAAGAAGAUGGUGUCAGCUACCCGUAGCGCUUCAGAGGUAGCUGUGUAUGCCGUUUGAACAGCUGCACUAACCUCGGGG